UCGGCGUGUUUAAGACCUAUAAACGCUUAGCACUUCGUUUUUAUUGGCCUGGCAUGUAUGCUGAUGUGGUUGGUUUUAUCUCUCGGUGUGACACCUGUCUUGCAUACAAACUGCCUACUCAUGGCACCUUAGGUAAAAUGGGCAGGCCUAAGGAUGUUUCUAGACCUUUUCAGGUACUCUCUAUCGAUCUGGUUGGACCCCUACCUAAUACUCGGAAACAGAACAACUACAUCUUUGUUGUGACUUGCUGUUUUUCCAAGUAUUGUUUUAUAUUCCCACUCCGUAGAGCUACUGCGGAUUUAGUGACCAAGCAUUUGGAAAAUGAUGUUUUCCUAGUACAUGGUAUACCUCAAACUGUUGUCCUGGAUAAUGGCUGUCAGUUCAUUAGCCAUGAGCUUGACAGGCUGUUCAAAAAAUAUAAAGUGCCUAAUGUACAUUUUACCCCUAAAUAUACCCCACAAGUAAACACUGUGGAGAGAUAUAACAAAACUAUUGUUACUGCUGUGUCUACUUUUGUAAACAAUGAUCACAGAACAUGGGAUUUGAAUUUACCUCAAAUUCAGUUUGCCAUCAAUAAUUCGGUGAACGAAACUACCGGGUACUCUCCUGCAUUCUUGGUGCAUGGCCGUGAAUUGGUAACCUGCGGGUCACAUUAUUUGGAGAAUGAUGACUCAAAGGACAUGGUUUUUCUUCCAAGAGAUGCUUACGCUGAGAACUUAGGUCACUUGGCUGGUAUUUUUGGUGAAGUUCAAGCUGCACUAUGGCAAGCCCAUGCUAAGAAUAGUCAGCGAUACAACUUACGUCGUAAAGAUGCUGAAUUUAACGUAGGGGAUAUCGUGUGGAAGCGCUGUUACUUCCAAAGUGACAAAGACGCUUAUUUUGCUAAGAAGUUGGCCCCCAAGUAUCAAAAAUGUCGCGUAAAACAUAAGCGCUCACCAUUAGUUUAUAUCCUCGAGGAUAUGAAUGGUCGGGAUUUAGGUGUUUGGCAUAUUAAAGACCUAAAAAUUGUAAAUACUCGGCUAAGAGAAUAAUAUUUUUAGAUUAGCAGUUAGAUUUUUUUCUUGUGUCAUACUUGUUGUAUUUAUUGAAAGUAUGACAUAAAUUGUAUAGAUUUUGCAUAUAAAAAAAACUUAAGAAUAUUAUUAGUAAUCAUUGUAAAUAGUUGUAAAUAGAUCAUUAUUUUUAUUUUAGUUUAGCUGUCUAUUUAUCGUAUUUUACUGAGGUAAAAUACUCUUGUAGGUGAGGGGGUAAUGUAACGUAGCGUUACGAAACGCCUUAAUCUUAGUACCUUAUUAUACCUAUUCUAACUUAUAAUAAAUAAAACCUAAAACCUAAUUUUAAUAAACCUAAUAAAUAAACAUACUUUAAUUAAGUGAUCUAGUUCUAUUACGAUAAGUGAUAAUAAAAGUGUAGGUUCUAAAGUACGUUGUAACCGACAAACCGUUUCCAAUUAUAAGUAGCGAAUAGUUUCGUCCACUCGCGACGUCACCCUUUGUUCACCUUAGAUCUAGCGAUAAGCGACCGGCCGACUACGGGAGGGGCGCAUUGAUUUGCACGGCGAUCAGUCUCUGCUCACCGCUCUGGCAACUAGCCGCUCAUAAUAAAUAUCAUACGUACCUUGUCUGCGAGUACCUAACUCGUCAAAUCUAGACGUUAAUAAUUACUAAAUAAGUGUUUAUACGUUGUUCCCAUCUGGGAACAACUACCGGACCGAUUAAAUCGGCCAAUCUAGUUCCGGACCACGGAAGACUCACCCUGGGCGACUGUCCCGGGCUUCCCCUCCCGCUACCUGAGUAGCUGACCUCGUCGGAUCCCUCGACCCCGACGUGGACCUGGA